AUGUCCGAUAGAAGACGAAUCAACCCGCCCCCAGGCGGCACCUCCGCGCCCGUCUAUGCCUCCUCCACCGCUUCCCCCCUUCCCCCCACGCGAACCCGCCGUCCCGACGAGCUGCGCAAAAUCUUCCUCAAAACCCACAUCACCCCCUCCGCCACCGGCUCCGCCUACCUCGAACUCCCCCCCUCCCCCUCCCCCACCCCUUCACUCUCACACUCUCAAUCCCCCUCCCUCAAGCUCACCGCCACCGCACACCUCGCCCCACUCCCCCGCUCAGCGCCCUUCACCCCGAACCUCUUAGUGUCCGUACACGUCAAGUUCGCCCCGUUCGCCAGCCCCAUCCGCCGCGGCUACAUCCGCGACGCCGGCGAGCGCGAGCUGAGCGUCCGCGUGGAGAACGCGCUGCGCGGCGUGAUCAUCGCGGAGCGGUGGCCGAAGAUGGGGUUGGAUCUCAGCAUAGUAGUGUUGGAAGGGGAGGAGGAGGGACCGGCGGCGAUACAGGUUGGGGAGAAGGACGCGGGGGGUGCGGCGAGGAAGACGGAGGCGUGGUGGGCGACGAUGACGAUGUUGGCGGGGUGUGUCAACGUUGCGGCAGCGGCGGUGGUGGAUGCGGGGAUUGAUUGCGUGGAUGCGGUGGCGGGGGGGGUGGCAGCGAUGGUCCCUGCGAACACCGCGGGGGGGAAAGGGGGAGUGGAAGUGGUGCUAGACCCGGUGCCGAGGGAGCACGGGGAUAUCAUUGCGGCGGCAGUAGUCGCGUAUUUGCCGACGAGAGACGAGAUCACGGAGUUGUGGGUGAGAGGGGAUCCGCGCGCGGCGGGGGGAGAGAAGGGGUUGGAGGAUUUGGUGGACGCGGCGGCGAGUGCGGCGGUUGGGGCGCGGACGGUGAUCCUCGAGGCUGCGAGGGAGGAGGUGCAAGGACGGGUGGAGGCGACGGAGGGGGUAUAG